AUGUCAAAUUCAACGAGUAGAACAACUGUAUUUGAUGUUAUUCGGACGAUAAAUAUUCUCAACGAGAUGAACAAAUAUGUUUACGUUCUACUUUACAUUCUUGGAACAUGUGGAGCUGCUUUAAACAUGAUAACAUUCCUUCAAAAACAACUACGAAACAAGCCCUGUGCUGUUUAUUUCUUGGCCACAUCAAUAGUCGAUCUUAGUACUGUAAAUGCAUUCAUUCUGAUCGAAGCUCUAGCCGCAUUCAGUUCUUCGCUUGGCAAUCGAAUCUUAUUGUCGAAGAUCUGGUGCACACUCGGUAAUUUUAUCCGAUUUAUUUCACCUUGUUUAUCAUCGACUUACUUGACCUUGACAUCCGUCGAUCGGUUUUGUGCUAGUUCCUUAAAUACCAAACUUCGCAGAUGGAGUCAGUUCAAAAUAAGUCGAAUCGUGGUCAUCAUUUGUUUUCUCAUUUGGGCAUUACUUGCAUUACAUUAUCCUAUUGCCUAUGCGGUCCGUGAAAAUCCAUCGACGAUGACAAAUGAAUGUCAGGUUAUACAUGGUUCACCGACUAUUUUUCUUAUCAUAGAUGGAUUGCUCUUUUCAUUGUACAAUGGAGUCAUAACUCCUUUAAUCUUGGCGACGUUCAGUAUGUUAAUUCUAUUGAAUAUGAAAAGGAGUCGCAAUCGAGUCAACCAACAGAAACAUCUCGGGAUGAAUGGAACAAGAUCAAAUACUGGAAAUUCGGGAAACGUGCGUAGUUAUCAAAAUGUUCAUAUGUUUCGAAUGGUUAUCGUUCAAAUAUCUCUGACAAGUAUUUUACAGAUUCCAUUUGCUGUUCUCUUCAUUUACACUUAUCUCAAGCCUCUGCAAUAA